UCAUGCGCCAUGGAGCCGCCAACUUCUCCGGUAUAUAAAAACGGCACUCAUGUUUUUAUUGCCCUACUUCGCUAAUUCCAUCCAAUUCCAAUUCUCGAUUUACCACCAAAAACAGCCACCCGAGGUUUCAAUUUCGCUAAGAAACAAAGAGAGGUUCUAUCUCUUCUCUGCGACGACGCCGUUUCUCUCGCUUGAGGUAAAGACCUUUUUGUUCAAGCAUGGGAGAUAGCGAAGCGGUGGUUACGGAAGCAUCUGCUGCUGAGGCAUAUGCUUCGGCUGGUUAUGCUGAGACCGGGUCGAAUCCUGCUCCCGAGGCAGGUGCUACUGUUGAUCAAUCUGCUGGAGAAGCUGCUCAGGCCAGUUCAACUUAUGGUUAUGGUUAUUCUAAUGUUGGUGACGUGAAUUCGUAUGCUGGGGAUCCGAAUUCCAUCCUACAGCAAGCUCAAUUCAGUGCAACUGGUGAGUCCAAGCCAGCUGGUGGAGCGGCUGAUUCUAACGAGGCCUCUGCUGGGGUUGGAAGCACAGCUGCUGACUCUACUAUGGUAUCUGACUACAAUUCGUCUGUAAAUGAUGGUGUUGCCGGUGCAGUGACAAAUACUUCUGGACUUGAAAACGGGAAUGCGUUGGAGAAUGCUGAUGGGUCGGCUGAUGAGAAACAGCAAGCAGAUGGUUAUGCAGCUGCCUUGUCUGCUGAAGAAGAUCGACUGUGGAAUAUAGUGAGAGCUAAUUCUUUAGAUUUCACUGCCUGGACUUCCUUGAUUGAAGAGACAGAGAAGGCAGCAGAGGACAAUAUUUUGAAGAUUCGAAGAGUCUAUGAUGCUUUUCUAGCAGAAUUUCCCUUGUGCUAUGGUUAUUGGAAGAAAUAUGCUGACCAUGAGGCACGCCUUGGCUCUAUUGAUAAAGUUGUCGAAGUCUACGAGCGUGCGGUUCAAGGGGUUACAUAUUCAGUGGACAUGUGGUUGCAUUAUUGCAUAUUUGCUAUAACCACAUAUGGGGAUCCAGACACUGUUCGUAGGCUUUUUGAACGAGGAUUAGCUUAUGUUGGAACAGAUUAUCUUUCUUUUCCCCUCUGGGAUAAAUACAUUGAAUAUGAGUAUAUGCAGCAGGACUGGGCCCGCCUUGCCGUGAUCUACACCAGAAUAUUAGAGAACCCAAAUCAACAAUUAGAUCGGUAUUUCAGCAGCUUCAAAGAGUUAGCUGGAAAUCGACCUUUAUCAGAGUUACGAACUGCUGAUGAAGCUGCUGCAGUGGCAGGAGUUGCUUCAGAGGCUACUGGCCAAGCUACUGAGGGAGAGGUUCAUCCUGAUGGUGCAGAGCGUUCUCCUAAAUCUGUAAGUGCUGGCUUAACAGAAGCAGAAGAGUUGGAGAAGUAUAUCGCCAUUAGAGAAGAGAUGUAUAAGAAAGCUAAAGAGUUCGAUUCUAAGAUCAUUGGUUUUGAAACAGCUAUCAGGAGGCCCUACUUUCAUGUACGGCCCCUCAAUGUUGGAGAGCUUGAGAAUUGGCAUAACUAUCUGGACUUUAUAGAAAGGGAGGGUGACUUGAGCAAGAUUGUCAAGUUGUAUGAGAGAUGUGUCAUUGCAUGUGCCAAUUAUCCUGAGUAUUGGAUACGCUAUGUUUUGUGUAUGGAAGCCAGUGGAAGCAUGGAUCUUGCAAAUAAUGUUCUUGCUCGGGCAACCCAAGUCUUUGUUAAGAGACAACCAGAGAUACAUAUUUUUUGUGCUCGGUUCAAGGAGCAGACUGGAGAUAUAGAUGGUGCUAGAGCUGCAUAUCAACUUGUGCAUACUGAAACUUCUCCUGGUCUUCUUGAAGCAAUUAUCAAACAUGCCAAUAUGGAAUACCGACUGGAAAAAAUGGAGGAUGCCUUCUCUUUGUAUGAACAGGCCAUUGCCAUUGAGAAAGGAAAAGAACAUUCACAAACAUUGCCGAUGUUGUUUGCUCAAUAUUCUCGAUUUGUAUAUUUGGCUUCUGGGAAUGCAGAGAAGGCAAGGCAGAUUCUAGUUGAGGGGCUUGAGAAUGUUUUGUUGUCAAAGCCACUACUUGAGGCUAUAUUGCAUUUUGAGGCUAUUCAACCCUUGCCAAAGCGUGUUGAUAUUGACUUUCUGGAGUCAUGGGUUGUCAAAUUCAUAAUGCCUAACUCAGAGAGUCCUGGUGUAGCAAGUGCAACAGAGCGUGAGGAACUUUCUAGUAUUUUUCUGGAGUUUUUAAAUCUCUUUGGUGAUGUUCAAUCUAUCAAGAGGGCUGAAGAUAGGCAUGCCAAAUUGUUUUUGCCACACAGAAGCAUGUCAGAGUUGAAAAAACGUCAUGCUGAGGAUUUCUUAGCUUCAGACAAAACAAAAGCGCCGAGAUCUUAUUCUGCUCAAUCACCUGCCCAAUCUGGGAUGGGUGCAUAUCCAAAUGCACAGAACCAGUGGUCUAAUUAUGGAGUUCAACCUCAAACUUGGCCUCCAGUUACACAAGCACAAGGGCAACAAUGGACUGCUGGCUACACCCAACAGGCUUCCUACGGGGCUUAUGCUGGAUAUGGGGGCAACUAUGCGAAUUCUCAAUUGCCUACAUCAGUUCCACAAAGUACUGCAUACGGAGCCUAUCCUCCUGCAUAUCCUGCACAGCCGGCGGUUCCUCAACAAAACUAUGCACAACCUGUGGCUGCAGCCCCUGCACAGCAACCUGCUGCGGUUCCUCAAGCCUAUUACGGGAGUUAUUAUUGAGCUGACAAAAUGAGAUGGCCACUGUUUUCCCUUCCUGUAAUGUUUUUUUUUCCUUCAUAUUAUAGGUAAUUUGAUGAUAUUAGGGAAUCUGGAGUAUAGGUGUAGUGUAAACUUUCAAGUUAUACUACUGAAGAUAGAAAAUCAUUUUGACUAAUUCGCAAUUGUAUUUUAGCUAUUUUGAUGUACAUUUUUUUUUUGUUAUUUUCUUUUCA